AUGGAGUUGAACUUGGGGCCACAAGAGGCAGACCAGACAGUUUUUGAGGGAGAUGGUGGUGGAUACUACAGUUGGUCAACUUCCAAAUCUCCAUUGCUGGGUGAAGCUAAGGUUGGUGCUGGCAAGCUUGUUCUGAAACCUCGUGGGUUUGCUCUGCCCCACUCUGCAAAUUCUGCCAAGAUCGGUUAUCUUCUUCAAGGUAGUUGUACAGUUGGGAUGAUUGCACCCAACACUUCAAAAGAAAAUGUUUUGAUAAUAAACAAGGGGGAUGCAAUUCCGGUGCUUCUGGGAGGCAUCUCAUGGUGGUUCAACGGCGGAGACUCGGACGUGGUCAUUCUCUUCUUGGGUGAAACUGCCAAGGCUCAUACACCUGGCCAAUUCACCUGUUUCCUCUUGGCAGGAACCCUAGGUAUCCUGCAGGGUUUCUCAACUGAAUUUGUCAGCAGAGCUUAUAACCUAAAUGAAGAAGAAGCUCACUUGCUUGUGAACAGCCAAACCGGUGUUUUGAUUGUUAAACUUGAAGAAGGUAUCAUUUGA